AUGGGAGGCCCCUCCCGCCGCGGAUUACAACAACCACCCCCACCACGAGCAGAUGUACGGUCAGACUAUGGCAGCCCAGCCGCCGUGGCGGCCACCCGGCGACGAUGGCGAAAGAUGUCACGCGUCAAGGAGAUACAACGUAUAGUGAAUCAAUUGAAGGUUGCCUAUGACAAGAAAGGUUAUCUUCUUGGAAGUUGCUCUCUCAAUUUGUGGGCUAACUACAAAAUUAGUCAAAGUUCAAUCAAGUUAUACAAAAAGAUCAAUAACUUGAAGGCUGAACAUGAUGCUUUCAAAGAAAUAGAAGAGACACAACCUCCAAAAGCAGUUUUGGAGAUCGCUACUUCAGUGACUCUUGUGGGCAACACUAUCAAGCUAAAUCUUGAGAAAGUUCGUGGUUACUUGGUAAAUGACGAUGUAUCCAUGGUGGGGAUUUGGGGCAUGGGAGGGGUCGGAAAGACAACUCUCUUGAAUGAAAUCAAUAACUCAUUACUUGGUGGUGAUACUAAUCCGGGGUUCAAUUAUGUCAUCUCUCUGGAGGUUUCAAAAGAACCUCAAUUUGAGAAGCUUCAAAAUGAGAUAUCUAAAAGGUUAGGAUUGCCUUCUGACUCCAGGAAAAGUGACAUAUUUGAGUUUUUGAAAAAGAAGAACUUUUUGCUGCUAUUAGAUGAUAUAUGGAAGAGAGUGGACCUUCCUGAAGUCCUUGGUAUUCCACUUCCACUCCGUCAAAGCCAAAAUUCCGAAAAUGGAGGUCAAAGCUACAAGCGGAAGCUUUUUGCAAAUGAAGAGAUCAUCAAUUCCAAUGAAAAUAUUAAAGAACUGGCAAUGGAAGUUAUGGAGAAGUGCUCAGGUUUACCACUUGCCCUUAAAGUCAUUGGUCGAGCCACGUCGAAUAUGAAGACACCUGAAGAGUGGCGUCACAUGUUGAGGUCGUUAAUCAAGACUGUUAUUGGUAUCGAUGAAUCAUUGUUUCACAACUUAAAG